CUAAACGUCCAUACACCCUUCGGUCUGACCAUACACCAUCUGUUAAAUUAAGUCAAUAUGCCUCCGAAACGCGUAAGGAGGACCGCUUCCACGACUCAGAAACCACCAUCCCCUCCACUCUCCGAAAAGAACGCCCCAGUGGCGGAUGAGAAUGUCGAAGUUGAGGCACCAGACGUACAGGAAAGAGGCUCGAUGGGUAGUCCACGAAACCCUCGCCACAAUGAGCCACCCAUGAUAAUGGACGAAGAUGAAGAGAUGCCGGAAGAAUCGGGAGACACUGUCCAACUUGCGAGGCCUGAAUAUGCCGGAGGGGCGGGAAGAUAUAACAUGCUCAAAUCCUACAAAGGACAGGUCUACUCGGGCAUGGCAGUGGGAGGAUCUCAUACUUGGAAUUAUGAUCAAGGCGUGUGGAAAGAAACGAAGGAGGAACCAGAUUUAUGGCGGAUCGAUUAUCAGACCAAUAAGAGACGAGCGAGGAAGGCACCGGAGGGAAGCGGCGCUCCUGUCGGGACGGAGUAUCACUGGCUCAUUGUAGCACACCAGUUUGUCAAGAAGAUUGAUGCCAACACAUAUGAGACAAACCUCACUGGGUCCAAAUAUAAGUUGGCUUACAAGUCCGCCUCGUCCAACUCAUGGUCUGUUCCCACCGUCAAGAAACAACGUGACCGAGAAGUCGAACUGCUAGAGGAUGCCAAGCAGCGUGUUCAAGGCCUGCCUCCGGUGCUGGCAUCGGAGAAAGUAAAAGUUGCGAAACCCGAGAAAGGGCAGCAGAAAUUGGAUCGCAUGUUCACCAAAGCUGCAGGUGGCGUUAGUAAGAAAAGGAAGCUAGGUGAGGACAGCGGAGGAUGAACCUGACUUCAAAUGGUGUGCCACACACCUUGAUAGUAGUUGUAAAUUGUAUACUACGUCUCGAAGUGGUUGUUGAUGGAUACUUUUCCUUCAUCCCCACUUACGUGUUAAGCUGAUUUGCUUCAGAGAUUGGAUCGCCCUUGAGUACUCAUCAUGGGAGUGUACUGUGGAUAGCACGGAACUUUCGUGUAGCUCUAUUCAAUGUGACUCCAGGUCAGUUGUUC